GAAAAAAGAAAGAAAAGGUGAAGAAGCAUUCAUUUGCUGAGUGGUGGAGGUAAGUAUUGAGGCUAUGGUGGUCUCUUAUUUAUUUUAUAUUUUAUGUUAUCCUUCCCGUAUGCAGGUUCCCACUGAUUUCAUUGUAAGUGCAGAUUUUUAGAAAACAUUCUGAUAAAACCCCACUCUGGCAAUUUCAGAGUUGCCUUUUUCUUCUACUUCAAAACGAGUGCCGGUGCUAUCUUUUCAUAUUGCAGCAACUUUUAUUUGCACGUUGAUUGUCUAGCAAAUCACACUGAUCUACAAAAUGAUGGCUUCAAUAUUAUCCAAAAUGCCGCAAAGUCUAAACUCUGAGAAUGUGUUUAAAUUGGGUUGAACGUACUGUUACUGCUCAAAACUGCAUUUUCAUUGGCCUUAAGCUUUUGUAUCGAAGCCUAGUUUAGCCUUACUACGAUUUUUUUUAAGACUACAAUUCCAAAUGCCUUUCUUACGUCUUGCGAACUAAUGUGGUUACCAUGGUGACUUAAAUAUAUUCUCUGAUUACUAUACAAACCUCAAAGUCCCUAAGAUCUAAUGAUAUUCUAAGAAGCGGAAAAGGGGCAGUGCAUAAUACUAAUCCUCCACUACUGAGGUAAAACGUGAACAAGUCAAAUAAGAUAACGGACUGGGUUUGAAUGGGCUUGCUGUUUUUUUGAGUGCUCAACAUUAGUCUUUUGUAUUGAAUGGUCACAUUUCACUGCUUAUAACAAAUUACGGGCGUUGCUCUGCUACAAAUUGAAAAGAACAUCUUAAGUUUAGUAAACCUUACUAAUGAACAUUACUGGUCCUUUUAUUUCUUUCAAUUCUCUUCUUUGGGCCUGAUAAAAGCUCAGAGUAUUAAAUGAGGUCAUUGUAAUUACAAGGUAGCCGGACGAAAAUCAUAAAUUAGUGUUAACACAGAGGCGCUGCGUGGGAAGGAAAAUUCUAAGCGCCUGCGAUAAAUUCACGUAAAACAUUUGGCGGUUCUGUUGCUCUGCUGUUCCGUUGAAAAGCAAACCAAACGGACAUCAUUGCCAGCUGUGUUGAAAAUUGUUUGGGUUUUCCGAUUAUUUUCCUCUUCCAAUGCAACAUGAAUGUAUCUGACGGUUGAAUAUUCGAUUAAAACUUCCUCGAAGGGGCAACCCAGAGCAUUCUUUGCUGUGCGAGGAACUCCCUUAGCGCGGUAUGUGCGUACAGGGACACGGUGAACAGUUGUACAUGUAGUAGUGACCCUGGACUAUUGCUUUAAUAACUUGGUAGCGCGACAGCGCUUUUAUGAUCGAGCUUCGAAAUGAAUUCUCGUUUUAUAGUUAAAGAAAAAAUUUGGCCUCAAACGGUGAAGAUGAGUAGAUCUACAGCAUUGAUUAGAGAUACUUUGAUAACGGUGCUCCUUUAGCAGUAUUGCAUUUACACGAUGUUGCGUGACGUAACUCCCCUCGGAGAGCGUUACAUGGCAGCUCGUUUGAAACGGAUAACGUGACUAUGAACACACCCACUCAAGUCAAGGGUCACAUAGCCUGCGGUGUCACGAAAUCCUCGAUAUACGUAGACGGUAGACUGGAGACUGACUAACGCAGGCUAGUGUGGUUGGGUUUGGCUACAGGGCUUCAAUUUGUUACUGCGCGUUACCCGAAGUACGUGUAUACCAACAUAAUUUGUCAUAGCGUGACAUUUCUUGCAUUUAGAGGUGAUUAAAAAAAAAAAAACAAAGACGAAGACAAAACAGAAAACAAACAAACAAACAGAUCAGACGUCGAUAACAAUAAACAGAGAAUCUUAUUCGAGAUUCUUUAUGAAGGUUUUUGAAGUGGAAAAGUUUGGGUGAGGGAAAUAUGCGAUCUAUUUUCCAUUUUAUUCGAAUAGUCUUUGAAUGGCAGUAUAAAAUAAUGUUGGAACUAAUUCAGGGUGUGUCACUUUCGCCGUCUGAAAUUAGUCUCCGAGGGUCUUGCGUUUUUCGUGGUGCAGGACAUAAGAAAUGAGCGGGAGGGAGGGCGGAAACCGGAAGAAAAUGCACAAGGAGGCAGUUCCAUCUGGGAAGAAGAGGGUGCCUGUAGUAAAAAGAUUGGGGGAGGGGGGGGGGNGGGUGUGGGCAGGCAGUUGAGAUCCCCUCAUCUAAACAUUGUUUAUCUUCAUGGUAGAUGAUUUUGCUGUGUUCGAGUUGAACGUCGGUUGUCCAUGUUCGUUCUUUUCUGACUGGGGUCUAUAAUGAAAGGACGAGUCAUUGUUUAAACAUUGGUGAUCUUUUCUUAUCAACAGGGAAACGAAACGUCCGAAGAAAAAAAUGGGACGUGUUUAUCCACAGCGAUGCUCGUUUCUUCACACCAGAUUUGCGCGGCAAACCCACGUCUUCGAUGUGAAACCCUCUCUUGCCUUGUACGUCAAAUUUGUCCUGAAGAACUUGAGUGAGUAGAUGAUUAUGUUCGUUUGUAAUUUCUGCAUUAACGUCAAUAAAGUGUUGAAAAGGAAAAAAUUGCGAUUUUCGAUUAUUGUUUUACAUGUCCCGCCCUGUUCUUUUCAAAUCAUCUACGGAAAGGGAGGGUCAGGGGCAACUUCUAGGUAUUGCGAUCAGUUGCGAUCAGUGGUGAUCAAUGGUGGCCAGUGGCGUAAAAGGAGAUAUUAAAAAGAUUGAAGAGACAAUAAGCAAGGUAAUAUCUACCCCAAAACACACCAGCCUUCUCACGGGAGGAUGGGUACUCUUGAAUGUUCUCCUAGCCUACGAACAGGCUCCCGGCGAGGACGGAAAGAAAUUUCGGUCAGCGCGAAACAGAAGAAUUCGGAGAACAAAGCGAUCGGCGGGUUCGUAGGCUAGUGUUCCCCUCAAAAGAUUCUCGUUUCCUUUCGGUUCAAAACCCGUUUCUUCCUUUCUGUUCUUGCCAGAAAUCCGCAGGGGCGAGGAAAUCGUCACGCAAUGUUAUUGGAAAGGAUCACUCCACGACGUUUCUCGAAUAAAGUUGCAUUUGCCUUUGCCAGAAAAAAGUUUUAAAUGCGACGGUCCCCACUGAAAUGCGCCGCUCAAAUCGUUUGUUGUGAAGAUGAUGCACAACUGAGCAAUCAAUAUUUUGACACUACAGUCGAACCUGUAAGCGGCCAACCCUUGUUAAGCGGCCAGUUAUCAAGUCCCGAAAUUUUUGUCAGUGAAGUACUGUAAGUAAAACCCGUAUUAACCGGCCACCUCUAUUAAGCGUCCGCAGCCACCUUCUGUUCCUCCCGAUGAGGGUUUUUCUAUUGUUUUUACCCCCUAGACGAUGGCAUAAGAGUCCGAAAUAGAAGGUGACGAGUGAUAAGAACAUUUGAACACACGUUUAUCGUGAUUGUCUUGAGGCUCAGUGAUUAGAAAACCAGCAGAGUUCAAUUGCAGUGGUCAUCUCUCCCCUGGCAGAAUUAAGGAGGCACUGUGCCAAAAUGGUUACUUAGCAACUGGGGUCUUUAACGCGUGAGUACUUUGUUGAAUAGCUGUCAGACUUCCAUUCUGAAAGAACAUGAUUAUUUCAGAUGGCUGGUGAUUUAAACAUUAGACUUUCUCAAAGUCAUUUGUGGUUGUAGGGGUGGUGAAAAUUAUGAUAAAAUCUGAGACUUGCUGAGAUGCUGAGACCCUUGUUUGAAAGUGCAAGACUGAAAUACAAAUGAUGUUCAGAGACAAACGACACAUGGAAAAGCUUCAGAGCUUCCCAGGAGAUUUAAAGAUUGGAUGGAAAGCUUCUGAGACACAAGGUUUUUUAUGUAUCAUCCACCACCCCUGGCUGUAAUCUCCCUAUUCCUCACAUUUUUUCGCACCCAGGUUGUAAUUGUUGCAGACGUUUUCCUUGUUCCUAGCUUAGCUUUCACAGGUCAACUUGUUGGCAAUUGUAUUGAAAUGAAUGGCAGUCUAUUUCUAGGGGUAGAGAAGAUGGUUGCUAAAGUUGAAAGAGUUGAGGCAUUUUUUCAUAGAACAUUUGAAUGUCAUUUCCAGGAGAGACUUUGUAGGGGGCUAGUUCUAAUGAGGGAAAGAGUUUGGCCUCAGUGCCAGUACUCUCCCAUGUAAACAGACUGUGAUGCUCUUCAGUCUGUGAGUCUUGAAACUUGAGCUUUAGACUUAGUAACAUGAUUACUGGAUGUAUAAACCUGACUUAGAAACCAUCUGAUGUAAAAAGUGAGUCUAGAUUUAAAAAUUUCCCUCACUAAAUUUUCCUUACACUAUUUACACUAUUGCUCAACCCAUAAUUCUAUAACAGAAAACACAUACUGUAACAGUCCCUCUGUCCACCUGGGAGUAAGGAUGGGUACUGACAAUCUGUUACGGUAACCUGAUGAAAUGCUGGGUGUUAUUUACAAUGGGCUAGAAUAUCAUGAAUGCAGUUGGAUUGGAUUGGGUUGGAGUUAGCAGUGGUUUUGCUUGUUCAUAUGACAGAAACCAGUGUUAAGGGAGCUAUGUCAAGAUAUUUUGAGUUGUAUAUUUUUUCCUGAUGUACAAUGUCAAUUAAAAACAACAAAAAGGUAAUAACCAGAAAAUAAAUAAGGAUGGUUAAGAAAAAGAAAGAGUAAGAGGAGUUAUUGACAAACUUGAUCAAAAUUAGCCAGUUUCUUAAAGAUGCACUGUCUGUGACAUGGCCCCUUUAAAUACCGCCAGUGCUGAAUUACUUGGCACAUCUAAUCCUGACUAUUGGAAUAGAACUGGCUGUGAUCAUUGCAGUCUUAAACUUCUCUUAUUGUUGAAGGAUUCUGCACCAGGAAAAUCCAUUCCCAGAGAUUUUCAGUGACAGGGUGAUCCAGUUAUUUGGAGCAAAUUUUGUAGCAGGCAAUGCUCUCCCACAUAAGAUGGAAACAUUAUUCUUCAUGCUCAGGCAGCAAGUUUUUAAGCUGGAAAACGAUGGAAGCAUUACGUCUUUGACUGAUGAUGUGCACAAACGCUGUGUUGAGCUCCGAAGAAAGUGCAGUAAAUUUUUUGCCUUUCUCCUCCAUGUUACUCACAGCCAUCUCACCACAGUUCAAGAUUGGCACCAAAGUAACGCGCACCUUCAUGAAUUAUUUCUUCUGCCGUCAAGACUAACUAAACAGCUGGAAGAUUUGUCUUUGUUUCUUGGGCGACUGUCCUCUCCUCCCUCGUCAUCCUUCACAAGGACAAACCAAGUGCCUUCAAUUGCUGCUGUACGUUUGACCGCAGGAGGACACUUAUUCCAUCUCCAUUUAGAGCUAAACUGGGCCGCUAUUCAAACUCUGUGCUUGAUAAUGGAAAGGCAAGCUCAGCUCGACAGUUUGUCAGCGGAUCACUUUGCCGAUGUGAUCAACAGCCUCAAGAAAUACACAUUUUCAUUUCUUUGGGACUUGAUAGCACUAGCUGCCUCUAUCUAUAGCAAGGAAAGUCAGUCCAGCAUGCUUCAAGUAUGUCCAUUCCCGUGUGGCUGUGUAUGUGAACUGUGGAUUAUGUUUAUCCAUCUUAUGGAUCACUUGAGCACCAAAACAGAGCUUGAGUCAUUCUGGUCAGCGGUGUCUUCCAUCAUGUCGGAGAUUCUUCAUCCCAAAGAGACAGAAUCAGAUAGCCAGGAUUCUUCUACGCAGCCUUGGGCCCAGUCCUGCGCUCCCCCCGGUUUCAAAGUGAAGACGCCUGUCAAUUUCUGUUGGUGGUUAUUGACGCAUUUGUCGCCUCUUUACUGGUUUACUGACAAAGGAGUCUACUCGCACAAGAAAAAGCGUUGUGUCCCAGGAAAUUGGGUGCUAGCCCAAGAUUUACUUAAAUCCUCUCUUCUAAGUAAUAAGGACAGUCAUGAAGAAUCUCAUCGGCGCUUCUGUCUUCUUUGUUGUGUGUCGUUAUCAUAUCACUGGUCUGCAAACUCCGACCUCAUUCUGUGGCUCUGGGAUUAUUUCCACAAGAGAAUGAACGAUUCAUUUCACGUCCCUGGCCAAUCUCUUCAUGGGUUUACUGUUGUCAGCUCUUCUGCUCUUCAGUGGAUGGAACAGUGUUUUAAAAGAUCCAAGGAAACACAGCAAACCGCGGUUAUUCCAGAACACGAGUCAAGUUUGACUCUGUUCUUGCGGCUUGUAUCCGUUCAUCUUACUAAACUACUGCACAGUGGUUCAUUACAAGCGUGGAAACAAAUCAAAGGAAGAUUCUAUUCCAAGUUCCACAAGCGGCGUAUGGAAGAACUGAACAGCACAGGACUACAUCAGUUUAUCAGUCUGUUCCUAACUCUCUCAUGUGUAGCAGACCUCGAGGAUGUGGCGAACAAGAUGUGUUCUUUUCUUGACUUACUGGACUUCAACAAGAUGCAACAGGACAAGAAAGUGUGUAUCUGGAAAGGGCUCUUUGCCUUGAUUCUUAUUUACAAAGAAAAGAACGUGGAUUUUGCAUACGUGGCUGAAAGGUUGUCACAGAAUUUUGCAACUGUUGCAAGAGAUUACGCGGAGUCUUGUUCGCGAGACAAAAGUCAUCAGAAACAUUGCUGGCAGUUGAUAACACUUUACCUGGACAGCACACAAGAUGUGUUUGAUCACAGAAACAAACAAGACUUGUCUGAGAGUAAACUUCUUGUUGACGGAUUUCAGUUUCUAUUUCUUUCGUGUCGCGACAAUGAGCUUCGAUACUUGCUGACGUUUGUGCAGACCACCCUCACUUCGUUAACGCAAAGCAGCAGGCAAAAGACAGGGUCUUCAGACGCUGUCACUGUUAUGUGGAAGCACGUGUUUAGUCACGUGAGAGCUCUAGUGUGUGAUGCAGUGUGUAUGCAGGCAGCGUCCAGUCACCUGGCUGAUACUUUGGCUGCGUUUACUCUCUCUGCGCUUGACAGAUACCCUGAAGAGGUUGCAGGCACAGCAGGCGUGUCCUUUACCAGUCUUCUCCGAGAACUUGGUGUUAAAGACGAGAUGUCCGCCAGCUUUUGUUGUCGAUUCUUGUGUCACAUAUUACCUUGCUCGGCUGCACUGGCGGCAAUUCAGGCAGAAAAGAUGGAAGGAAGUAUCAUCCAUGCUUGGUUCAGAUGUCUGUUGCAGCUUCCUCCUUCGCACGACGGGCUAACGGAACUUACGAGAACAGUUGGUAAGCUACCCGAGAUGGAGACGAUUCAAAGGAGCCAGCCUGGGUUUGGAACUGGUGAAAGUAGCGAAACAUCACUUCAACUUUUUAUCAUUGGGCUCGCCCGCUAUCACGCCUCUCUGACCAAGUUUGACGAGUCAAUCCAGUUUCGUGAGAAGGUUCAAAGAUACCUUGGUGACGUCAUGAAGUAUGUCGAUCACGUGAUAAAAACUGCGGGACCUGCCGACCUGCUGAGGGUGGCUUAUCACGUUGCUGGACUACUGACAAAACAUUGUUAUAAAAUCAUUUACAGCAAGACUCAGCCCAGGUGUUUGCUUCCUCGGUUGGUGGACCAAUUCGCUCUUCCGUUACCAAACAGCAAGAAACCAGUAGCCCCGCUGGUCAUGCAGUGUAUCAAGGCUCAUUUACAUCAGUUUCUACAGGGUCUUGCCUGCUUGGACUUCAAGCGAGAUGAAUUCAUUCGAAGAAAGAUAAAACAAAUAUUUUUGUCGUAUUUUCGACUUUUUAACCAGAUGUUACAAACGUCCUCUCAGUCGGCUAAUGUUCCCGCUAAGAAUCCGUUUAUGGUUGUUCUCAAAGGAUCGUGUUUAUCUAACCCAGUCCCCGAGUGCAGUGAAUUUCGCCAGUUCACGGUAGAGAUCAUCCAGGAAUCUUUUCUCUGCUUGCCACAGCAGCCGGCAAAUCUUACAUCGACUUUGUACUUCUUAGAACAGCUGUUUAAACGGACUCUUUGCCCUUCUGAAACAGCCAGAAACACUCCUGUUCUGCUGGAGUCCAUCACGUUUUGUUUACUGACGUGUAACCAGUUCACACAAGGAAAUGAACCACCUGAGAUAAGAAGACAAGCAACUGAAAUCCUACGUUUGAUGCUUGGGGCGAGUAAGAAAACACCAGAAUUAAACUCCAGAGAUAUUCUAUUGCCUCACUUGCGAGACUUCUUGUACAGCAAAAUUACUCUACACCAGGGUUUGGUAUUUAAAACGUUUGAGACACUGGCUACAUUCGAUCCAGACCUCCUAACUGCAUUAAUUCCCGCCUGUAAACAGGCCGUGGUACAACUCGAGCAAAAGAGGGGAGUGGGAACUGAUAUGCAGUUAAGGUCCUCCUUUAAGACAUUCUUGAGUAGACUUGGACAUAGUGGAGAAGUGGCGAUCAAGGCCCUUGAACAGGAAGAUGUGGCCAUGGAACAAUGAAUAACAUCCUAGCAAAUUUAUUAGGUUUCCGCUAUCAAGUGCUUAGUUUCCAUUUCUUUUCACAACACCGACUGCUGAGCACUUAACGCAGGCUAUGAGAGUUAUAAAAGCAACAAGAAAAUGCAAUUCUUCCAACUGGUACCAAACGAAUUGUAUGGAGACAAAAUAGGAGAAUAUACAUGUUGAAAUGGAAGCGUGAAGAGUUAAACCAGUGGUCCCUACUCUACGCAGCAGACACAAACAGUAUUGACAUUCACAGAGGUUGUUGAUAUUUUUGUGUCCUAGAGAAGAUAUAUGUGCUAAUUUUUUUGCACAAACAACCUGGAAAUAAAAAAAAUGUAUUUAUUUGCGUUUGUUCGUUUGUGUCAUAACGUUAGACUACGAGUAAGUGAGAAAAAAAAAGCUGCGUCCCGCCCCUCAGAAUUCGCGGGCCAUUUUCUUCUGCUCUUCAGUCAAGGUCCAGGCCUGAUCAAGGGCAUCGACCCAAGUGAGUCAAUUUUCAUUUUGUUAAGACUGGACAGCGGGCCAUGCGCGGAGUCAUCCGUACCUAGCUCCCUCUUCCGAAGAGUGCAAGAACGUUUCGCUAAAGACAAUUAUUUGUCCCCCCAAUUUUUUUUUUUUUUUUUUUGAUAGUCGUAUAGAAUUCAAAAGAAGCCAAAAUUUAGAGGAAUUUGCGAAGUUAGAAGUUGAAUUACAACUGAUGGGCUCCUGCAACUGCCAGUUCACGGCCCCUGGCUUAGGUACAACGCUGGGAGGGGCUGGGGAGAAAGAGUCUCCUGGGAACAAGGCCCAUAGCAACAACAGCAUUCCGGGUCAUUUGGAAGACUGUAACAGUUGUACGUUGUGUAGGCAACUUUUUCGCUUAUUUACUCAUGCCAAACGAUUUCUGAUAUAUGGAUUACAGUGGCAGUUGGUUAGUUUACCAGGGGACGAUGAAAAUAGCGUGACGGAGGCAUGAAAUCCACAUGCACGGGAAGUAAAACGCUGUUCAACCUGCUGUGCCGGAGUGACGCCAACCUCGUCCCCAGGGCCUUCUCCACCAUUUGGGUAUCCAGGUGUUUUGGGUACCCUCGUACCCAAAUUCCUAGAGUUUUGGGUAUCCCCACUAAAACACUGAAAGCGUUAAAUACCACAGACUGGGGUAAGUGAAAUCAUCCAAAAUUCUGCUGAAAAACCAUUUAUCUUCUUACGAAGCUGUGUCUCAAUGAAUUUGAGCUUUCUUAAUCUUGAUAUAAACACAAAGUUGCUUAAAAUAGUCGCAAUUUAUAACACUGUCCGAUCCGAGUCCGCAGUUAUAACGACAUACAAAACCGAUCCACGCGCCAAAGUUCCUUGUAUGAACAUGCGUUUUUUGCCUAUCGAUAACCUUUGAAAUGCAGGUUAUUUCAAACAAGACAGGCACAUUCUAAACCUUGGAUAGUGCUGCGAUUGAAUUUAGUCAAUAUGCGAGGAACACACUGAGAUACGGCCGUCACGCAAUAUGCAGGUCUCAAGCUGUGACUGACCUCUGUGUAUAUGUUGCCUGUCUGAAAUAAACGUUGUCUUAGAGUUGUUUGUCGCUCUUUCCUUGACCAUCCCUCCUAGCAGAUUUUGCCGGCGAACAGUUCUCUAUGUCAUUAAGGGAGUUCUUUGUUUCGGAGACAAACACAAAAUAAAUAUAAAUAAAGUAGACAAAGCCAAUCUUUGGAUAUAGGGAAACAAAUAGAAGUAGGAUACCCAAAUCCUUAGUGAUAUGGGUGUCCCCCUCCAAUAUGUUUCGUUGUUAUCGUUUCUUUAAUUCAAGGUAGCCAAAUCGACC